AUUAGAAAUCCGUAAGUGUGUAACUUUGUCACGCUUGAUCUAAUGGACUUCAUGAGUUUUACUCAAAUGACGACUACUGAUUUGGGCAAACCUUAAAUAAAUAUAAAAGUUUUUAAGUUUUACCCCCGACGCAAAAAGAGUCAACAAUAAUGUUGCAAGCGUGGUAUAUUGAUACACAAAAUGGAGAAUGUUUGGAACAGAAAAAAAUGGCGCCAAAAUAUAUUUCAGCGGAGGAAUUGUACAAUAAAACUGGAGUAGAGUACUUUAAGCUGAACGUGGAAACUUACAAAACAGAUGGGAUCCUAGAUAGCAUAAAGAAGGAGAGGGGGUACUCGUACGAAGAUGAGAUGGUUUGCUCAGAAAAAUGUUUAUCCAUUGAUGAAUUUGAGGAAAAAAAGAGAUCUUUCGCCACGGAGCAUCUACAUUCUGAUGAGGAAAUAAGAUUCCUCCUAGAGGGCGCCGGCUACUUCGACGUGCGAGACAGCGUGGACCAUUGGAUCCGGAUCAAGAUCUGCGCAGGCGACCUGAUCAUCCUCCCAGGCGGAAUUUACCACAGAUUUGAAUUUGACUCUAAUAAACACAUCAAAAUGAAGCGUUUAUUCAGCGAAGAGCCAGCGUGGCAAGCGUACAAUCGUCCGGCAGACGCCAUGCCGUGCCGGCAACGAUACAUGGAGAGAAUCGCACGGGGAUUCGCGGCUGCUAACUGAACUAACAUUACACACUGUUUACAUUCAAAUAAAUAUAUUAAAAGUUA